AGUGACACCUGUCUUUUUUCUUUGGGAGUGGCUUGCGUAGUGACACCGAGCCCAACCAUAGGCGGGGCUCUAGAUCUCUGUCACAGCCAAAUCCCCUUCUUUUAAUCGUCGUCUCCUCUUCUUUUUCUCUCCUGUCCCCUCAAACGAAAAAGAAUAAUCGCGUUAAUUAACCCCGGUGCAAUCACAGAAAAAGCAAAAGCGAGGAGGAGAGGAACGGAGCCGCGGAAAAAGGGUGAAAGAAUCCAUCUUUGCAUCCGCACAUCUCUGUCUCGUUCCUACCCUUCUUCUUCUUCCUCUUCUCCUUCUUCCACUUGAAGCUUUUCUUUGGUCUUAUCUUCGUCGGGGGAGGCAGGAGGUGGUGCGAUCUUGUUGUGGGGUUUUUUCAGGUCAGGAGGGAGGGAGAGGUGCUGAGCCAUGGCAUUGCCGGUCUCCCUCGUCCGCAUCGCGGUGGUUCUGCUCACCGUCCUGCCACUAUGUGCGACGCAACCCGGUCCUGCCUUCCAUGCUCCUCGCGAGUUCCACAAGGCAGCCGCCCCAGAUAGAUAUGGAUUGGUGGCAAGAAGAUCAAUUGCUGAAGCACCUGUUGUUGUCAAUGUCACUACAAAUAGUUCCUUUGUCUUGGCGCAAGAGCGAACAUAUAGAAAAGACCCAUUGAAUGGAUUCAGGAAAUAUACCGGCGGUUGGAAUAUUAGCGAAGUGCACUAUAUGGCUUCAGUUGGAUACACAGCUUUUCCACUGUUCAUCAUUGCCUUGAUUUGGUUUGUGCUGUUUUUUCUGGUUAUGCUUGGAAUUUGCUGCAAACAUUGCUGCUGUCCACAUCGCAGUUAUACAUACUCUCGGGUGGCAUAUGCCGUAUCUCUGAUACUUCUAAUAUUGUUCACUUGUGCUGCAAUUGUUGGAUGUGUCAUGCUGUACGAUGGUCAGGGCAAGUUCCAUAAAAGCACAACGACUACCUUGGAUUUUGUUGUUAGCCAGGCGAAUUUUACUGUCGAUAACCUUAAUAACUUAUCUGAUAGUUUAUCUGCUGCAAAGAAGAUUGACAUAGGACAGUCCUUCUUGCCUAAUGAUGUGCAAAAUCAGAUCAAUGAAAUUCAAGGAAAGUUGAACUCAUCAGCUACUGAACUUGCUACUAGAACUACCGAUAAUUCCAAUAAGCUACAGAAAUGGCUAAAUAAAGUGCGGCUUGCUUUGAUUAUCAUCGCAGCAGUAAUGCUUCUUCUGGCAUUUGUUGGCUUUUUGCUAUCUAUCUUUGGGAUGACAUUUCUUGUCUCUAUUUUGGUGGUUACCGGAUGGAUACUAGUCACUGGGACGUUUAUCCUGUGUGGUGUCUUCCUCCUUCUGCAUAAUGCUGUUGCAGAUACUUGUGUUUCAAUGGAGGAGUGGGUUGCUCAUCCAACAGAACACACUGCUCUGGAUGACAUUAUCCCCUGUGUUGAACCCGCUACAGCGAACGAAUCCCUGUAUAGAAGUAAGCAAGUCACAUUCCAGCUGGUGAAUUUGGUCAACCAAGUAAUCACCAACGUGUCCAAUAGAAACUUCCCUCCACAAACUCCUUUCUUCUACUUCAACCAGUCGGGGCCACUGAUGCCGACGCUCUGCAACCCAUUCACGGCUGACCUGAACAACCGGACUUGCGCCAGAGGAGAGGUUUCCCUGGACAACGCAACCCAGGUUUGGAAGAGCUUCGAAUGCCAAACUACGACGGUGUCAGGAACCGAGAUAUGCACAACCGUGGGCCGUGUUACCCCGAAGAUCUUGGGUCAGAUGGCGGCGGGAGUGAGCGUGAGCCAGGGGCUGUAUCAGUAUGGCCCUUUCCUGAUUCAGCUGGAGGACUGCACUUUUGUGCGCGACACCUUCACUAACAUCAACCAGAACUACUGCCCUGGGCUGGAGAGGUACAGCAAGUGGGUGUACGUCGGCCUGGUGAUGGUCUCGUCGGCCGUGAUGCUCUCCCUCGUCUUCUGGGUGAUCUACGCGAGGGAGCGGCGCCACCGUGCGUACAGCAAGCAGCACGGCUACCCGGACAAGCCGCCGGCGGCUGGCGCCGACGCUUGAUUGAUGUUCGUACUAUACUUGGUGUGCCUGUCGUCAUCAGUGUAGAUCACCAUGAUUGUUUUCGUCGCCUGAACCGGAGGAUCCUAUUACCCUUUUCUUUCUUUUUUUUUUAAUUUUGUAGCUUUGAUGUGAAUUAUCAUUGUUCUCAUGGUAGCUCUGUAGCAUGGUGUUUUUUUUUAAUCUUGGUUGCUUUUCUUGGUGAGCUGAAUUUGUUAGAGAUGAUGUUUUUGGGCUUGAGACAAGACUGUUGACUGUCACUAGAGUUUCAGCCUGUGUGCCUGCUGUUGAUGUGCAGUCAUGACACAGAAGAAUUGCUGCAUUUUCAUUACGGAAAACGAUACU